UUGCCAAUUAAAAUAUAAAUUAUAGAUUUUUAAUACUAUUUGUAUUGAAUACUCUAUUCAUAUAUUAGAGCUGUUCAUUUGAUAUUAUUAAUUAAAGUCUCUCUAUUUUAUCAAAAUAAAUGUCAUCCUCGUUCUAAAUACUUGAAAAACGUUAAAAUUCAGUAUUCAUAAUGGAUACGCCCAAUUCCGGGACAAGUUCACCGGGCUUGAUGGCCUCUGCAGCGCCAAUGUUACCACCACCAAUGAUUGGUGGUAUGCCGCCGCCAAUGCCGCCAGCCGUAGCUAUGCCACCGGUACCAGGAAUGCCACCGGUACCAGGAAUGCCCCCGGUACCAGGAAUGCCACCAAAUAUGGGGCCUCUCCCUCCACCUAUGGCUUUUCCUCCAAUGAUGGCUCCAUUUUCUUUACCACCUCCUGGCUUUCCAUCAUUUAAACCAGAAUUGACUGCCCCAGCUCCAGAGAUAUCACCCUUAGCUAAUCAAAGCUGCCCUUGGUCAGAGCACAAAGCUCCCGAUGGACGUAUAUAUUAUUACAAUUCAAUUACUAAGCAAAGUCUUUGGGAAAAACCUGAUGAUUUAAAAACUCCAGCUGAGAAAAUGCUGUCUUCCUGUGUUUGGAAAGAAUAUACAACUGACGCUGGACGUGUGUAUUACCACAAUAUUGAAACAAAGGAAUCAAGCUGGGUUAUUCCCAAAGAACUACAGGAAAUAAAAGACAAAAUAGCAGCCGAAGAAGCAGCGCAGGCUGCUCUAAAUGCUGAUGUUCCUCCUGGAGAAGUGCCACUACCAACUUCUCCAGCACUGCUAGCCUCAGGCAGCUCAGCUCUGGAUGAAGCAAUGGCCAAAACUCUGGCUUCUAUUGAUCCCUCAUUGGCUAACGCUAUACCUAUUCCAGAAGAAAUAAAGCCAGAGGAAAUAGCAGCUCCACCACAACCUAACAGUACAGAUUCUAAUGAGCCAGAAUUGCAGUACAAAGACAAAAAAGAAGCAAUAGAAGCAUUUAAAGAAUUGCUCAGAGAUAGGAAUGUUCCUUCGAAUUCUACAUGGGAACAAUGCGUGAAAAUAAUAUCAAAAGAUCCUCGUUAUUUGACAUUCAAGAAACUUAAUGAAAAGAAACAGGCCUUCAAUGCAUACAAAACUCAAAAGUUGAAAGAUGAAAGAGAGGAACAAAGGUUGAAAACAAAGAAAAACAGAGAGAAUCUAGAAGAGUUUUUACUGAGUUGUGAAAGAGUAACGUCAUUAACUAAGUACUAUAAAUGUGAGGAAAUGUUCAAUAAUCUUGAGAUUUGGCGAUGUGUUCCCGACUCAGAUAGACGCGAUAUAUACGAGGAUAGCAUAUUUGCCAUCGCAAAGCGAGAGAAGGAAGAAGCAAAGGUCCUUAAAAAACGAAAUAUGAAGAUUUUAGCACAAGUCCUAGAGAAUAUGAAUGAAAUAACAUACAGUAGCACGUGGAGUGAGGCUCAGGUUCUACUGUUGGAAAACGCAGCGUUCAAAAAUGAUGUCAGUUUACUUGGAAUGGACAAAGAAGAUGCUCUAAUUGUUUUUGAACAGCACAUAAGAAAUCUGGAGGCUGAAUAUCUGCAGGAAAGGGAACAAGUCAAAAAGAGGAAUAAACGUCAGCAACGAAAAAAUCGAGACAAUUUCUUGGCACUGCUGGACGGGUUGCACGAGGAGGGCAAGCUGACGUCCAUGUCGCUGUGGGUGGAGCUGUACCCCGUCAUCUCGGCGGACACGCGCUUCUCCGCCAUGCUUGGACAGAAUGGAUCUACGCCUUUGGAUCUGUUUAAAUUCUAUGUGGAAAAUCUGAAGGCUCGUUUCCACGACGAAAAGAAAGUUAUUAAGGAGAUACUGAAGGAGAAAGAGUUUGAAGUGAAAUCGGACACUACAUUCGAAGAAUUCGCGACUGUCGUGUGUGAAGACAGCAAGUCGGCCUCGUUGGACGCCGGCAACGUUAAGUUAACGUACAACUCCCUGCUCGAAAAGGCGGAAACUAAGAGUAAGGAAAAGUUAAAGGAGGAAACCAAAGCUCAGAAGAAAAUCGAGGCCGCCUUUAAGUGGUUCGUGGGCGCCGCCAACGUGGACCUGUCGCAGCCCUGGAGCGCCGUGCGCGACACGCUGGAGCCGUCGGCGCCCGAGCUGCUGGCCGUGCCCGCCGACGACGAGCGCGCGCGCCUGUACCGCGAGCUGCAGCACGAGCACGAGGACAGCUGCCUGCACUACCACCACCCCAAGCCGCGCAAGGCCAAGCGCUCCAAGAAGAAGAAGCAGCGCUCGCACUCGCUGUCGCAGUCGCGCUCGCCGGAGCCGCCGCCCGAGCCGCGCGCCUCGUCCGCCAGCGCCACGCCCUCCGACGACGACGAGCGCAAGCACAAGAAGCCCAAGAAGAAGCACCGCAAGCCCGCCUCCCCGCCGCGCUGCCCCACGAAAUCUCCGAGUAUAGAAGAAGGAGGUAUAACUGAUGAGGAACCCGUGAAGGAAACUACAAAGCACAAGAGCAAGAAGACAAAACGGAGCGCUCCGAGCUCGCCCGACCAGCCACCAGAACUGGCGCACAAACCCAAGAAGAAGAAGGAGAAGAAAGAAAAAAAAGACAAGGCGGGCGGCGCGGUGGUGUGGAGCGACGCGGAGCUGGAGUCGCGGCGCGCGGCGCUGCUGGCGCAGCUGCACGAGCACGAGGCCGACUGACGUCGCGUCACGCACGUGCACGUCUUCAACCGCUACCCGCCCGCGCGCCGCCUGCGCAGCCCGCACAGCCCGCUGCCGCCCGCCGACUACUUCCUGCACGUCUCGCCCGCCUCGCCCUCCGCGUCGCCCCCGCCCUCGCCGCCCUCGCCGCCGGGCUCGCCGCCCUCUCCGAGGUCUCCAGCCACGCCGGCCUCGCCUACCUCGCCCGCCUCACCGACCUC